AGUUCAUUUUUGUACAAAAUCUGGUGACUCAUAUUUCUCCACGUUGUCCCAGCAACAUCUCUGCCCAAACCUUGUUUAUUUCUUCAAAGCCAUGGUAAGCAACGGUACUUCAUGAGACUUAGUGCUUUCUAAUAAUUCUUGUGUGUAUCUUCGUAUUAUUUUGUGUGUACGUCGUAAACGGAUAUCUUACUAUUUGAAUCUCUUGGAUUUUGAUCUUGUGACUUUUGCAAAAGAGUAGUGGACGCUUAUUUGUAAUUUUGAGAGAUCAUGGAGAUGACUUUUUAUGACGAUAAUAUGUUCAGACCUAACAAAAACGAAGGAAAAUCUUUGAAACGUCCGGUGACAUUGAACCUCGAGUCACCCGAUUCUGCUGCCAAGAAACAACGUUUUGCUUCCAUAUUAACUUCCCCUGAUCUGCAAAUGCUGAAACUCGAAUCUCCAGAGCUUGAAAGAUUAAUAUUAUCCAAUGGUAACAUUACUACAACACCGACACCAACUCAGUUCCUGUUUUCUAAGAAUGCCACAGAAGAACAGGAGCAGUAUGCCAGGGGAUUCAUCGAUGCUUUGAAUCAGCUGCAUCAUCAAACGCAAUUUGAGAUGAGCACUGGUGGACUGAUCACUCGAAUCAGUACGGGUACCACUCCUACAUCUUCAAAUCCUCCUGGCACAACCACUGAUAAAACAACUAAUGCCAACUCUUUUCGUUUGUAUCCUGGUCUAUCUCCUUUGUACUUCCAGCCAUCUCCUACAGCUAGUGUCAUCAAAUCCUCAGGAAAUGCAAGAAAUCCAUCUCCAGUCAAACCGACCUUGGUGGUCAGGCCCCCGUCUGUGGACAAUAACAGCAGUAAUAGCUGUAAUAGCAUGUCCAGUAAUAGCACAACCUUGCCACUGGAAAUUGCCAUUAAGGAAGAGCUUCAGACUGUGCCAAAUGAAAUGUCAUCACCUCCUAUGUCUCCUCUAAGUAAGGGUCCCAUUGAUUUGGCUGAACAAGAGCGAAUAAAAUUGGAGAGGAAGAGGUAUCGAAACAGACUGGCUGCUAGUAAGUGUCGGAAACGCAAGCUGGAGAAAAUUGCACAGCUCGAAGACAAAGUUAAAGAACUGAAAGGUGAAAAUUCAAAAUUAGAAGUCACUUGUGAGAAACUAAGGCAACAGGUAUGCUUUUUGAAAGAAGAGGUGCUUGAACACGCUAAGAAAGGCUGUCAAAUCAUGCUGUCCAAAAUGUGAUUAAAAGUCCUUGUGGGACUAGACUGUGCCUUUAUUUUCUGGUGUGUUAUAUUCUAUCAAAUGAUGACAAGUGAUAGACUAGCAGUAUUUGUUUUUUUAGAACUUUUAUUCUGAUGUUUCUCACCAUUUCAUUUGGCUGCUCAUCUAAAAUCUUUUUUUCUCACUUUAAAUGUUAAAUUGACAUAUUUUAUUGUUCUCUAAAUGAUAUGUUUUAAUUUGAUAAUUGGUUUGAUGUAACCAAUGAAGAAUCUAAAGGACAUCUGAGAUGUUCAUAGUUUUGUAUACAAAUUGAUUGUUAGCAGUAAUUAUAUUUAAUGUUAAAUCUAUAAUUGAAAUAAUAAUUCAAUGUGAACAACUUUAAAAUGAAUCUAAAUGUUUUGAAAACUUUUUAUCCAAUGCGUAUUUAUUAUAACUUAUUUCCGCGAUUCCUUUAGUUAAGUCGCGUUAAAACUGUAAUCAUUUUAUUGUAAUUCCAAUUGAUUUUAAGAAUUCUUAGAAAAAAAACUAAUCAAAAAUAUUCAAAUUAAUGUAUUAAGUUUGAAUUUUUUAAAUAUAUUUUUUGUGCUAUUAUAGUUUUUUAAAAUCAACAAUAAUUAAAUCCACAUUUACCACAUUUAUAAUUGUGGUAAAUAUAAAUUAUCUUUUAAUGAUACGAUGAUAAUGAAAAUAAUUUUGAACAUGAAAUAUAUGUAAUCUUAUGCAUUAAGAUAAACAAUUAACAGUAUAAAUGAUAAACAGAAUGUGUAAAUAUCAUAAGCUUUUACUUUAAUUUUUAUAUGUAAGUAAUAUCAAGAAUGAUUUAGGAAUGAUUUUUUUUAUUAUAUCUGUUUUUGAAAAUUGCUUUAUCAGUAAAAAAUCACCAUCACCAUCAUCAUCUUGUAAGUUUAAACAUGUUUUUUGUGUAAAACAGGAUAAUAUAUGAAAACUUGAGGCCUGAAUUUUAUUUUCUAAAUUUAAUUUAUUCUGCAUUAUCUUUUAUUAUAAAUUUGGAAUGCUAUAAUUUAUAUCUAAAAUUAUAAAUAGUGCUUUAUUUAUUUUUAAAAUAUGAUCAAAGCAUUUUUUUUUUAUCCAAUUUUUGUUAAUACAAACACCACAUCUUUGCUGAUGAAAAUACUUCUCAAUGCUUUGUGAUAACUCUUCUAAAUGUUUUGUAUAGCUGAAACUAUUUUUAAUUAUAUAUUUCAAUUUUAUUCUUGUAUUAGUCAAGAAUCAUUUUAGUUGUUAAUGCAAAUUCAUAGUGAAAAUCUCAAGAUGAAAUUACUAAAAUGUUAAUUUUAUUUUAUAUUGUUAAAAUUUGUGAUAGAUUCUUGGUUUUUCUAAUACGUAACUUCUUAUAUAAUUGCAUGUAAACUAAACCUACAGUAGAAAUUCUUUUUCUCCUUUGUUAUAUUUACCUUCCUGAAUAUGUUGUGAACUAUUUAAUACACAAUAGAAGAUUCAAUAUUUAACUAUUAAAUUAAUCUCGUAACUUUACAUUAAUUGGUUAAGUUGGUCUUGUACCAACUUAGUCUUGGUACUUUUAUAUCUUGUAUAAAAUUGAAUAUAUUCCAUAUGUUGUCAAAUAUUAUUUAGUAAUAUAACUAGAAAUGUAAAAUUGGAAAAAAAAGAAGAAAUCCAUGAUAAGUCCUUAAAUAUUUUUAUUAAAAGUGAAAAAAUAGUGCAACAUAUAAUUUUACAACAGUAGUUUGUAAAAUUAUGGCCAUUAUGUAAAAUUCUUGUUAAAUUAAGUCAUGUAAAUAAGAUGCAUGGAAAUUAGUAAAAUAAUACUGCAUAUUUCUUAUUUUUGACUUUUUAAUACUAUUUAUUAAUAAGUUUCAUAUUUUGUCUGCUGUCAUUUAAAGAAUUUUUUUUAAACUUCAACUUUUAUAUUUGUAUUUAUUUAAGAAGAUUUGUACAAUCUGUAAUAUAUUUCAUUCUGAAUUGAUCAUCAAAACUUCUUUGUUUAUGAUCAUUAUAAAAAAAAGUAAAGAAGAUGCUACUAUUUUUAUAUCAUUGUCCUCAAGACUAAAUGGCCUGACAUUUUAUAUAGGUUUGCAUACCUUUGUUAUCAAUGCUGUGAUAAUGCAUCUCUAUUCAUAAGGCCAACUCUGUAAAAAAUCUUGUUAUUUCUUUUUUGUUAUUGCUGCGAAGUUUUUGUAGAUACAUCAUAUUGCAUUCAAGGUGGUUUAUAGAUUUUAUAUGCAGUAACAUUUCUAGUGUGAGCAAGCUAUUUUGUACAGGCUAUGCUAGUUAUUGCAUUUGUAAAUAAAAAUUUUAGGCAAUACAAA